GCUCUGCGCAACGACGUCGUUUAACUUGGGCUAGUGGCUACACCCAAACCAGAACCCUUUCUUCUUCUUCCCCAACCCUUCGCCGCCGCACCCUAAUCCCUUUCACCAUUCGUUCUCAACGGCGUGGAGAUUGAUUUUCGGUGAUGGAACUUGGAUCAUACUCUGAUCAGAGUAAAUCAACAUUUUCUCUCGUAGAUGAGGAUCACACUUUUGCAAAUGCUGUCAGAUUCACCUUGAAUCAAGAUCCAAGAGUGACAUUUUGUGGGUACAGCAUUCCUCAUCCUUCAGAAAAUCGUGUUAAUAUCAGAGUCCAGACAACAGGGGAUCCUGCACGCGAGGUGCUAAAAGAUGCAUGUCAAGAUUUGAUGCUUAUGUGCCAGCAUGUUAGGAGCACUUUUGAUAAUGCAGUCAAUGAUUUUAAAACCAAUCCUCCGAAGGAUAAAAAGAAUAUGGAUAUCAAAUAGUGUGCUAGUUAUAGUUUUAAUUUGUAUUGAAGCUGAUUUUGCUGCGCAUCUUUGGUUUUUAUUCCUGUAGAGAGACAUAUCUUCUAGUUUUAUAUUUUGCCCACGUGGCAGCUACACUGAAAUAUGAUGAGCAUGAAAAGGCAUGUGCCAAACUAGUGUUAGAAUUCGUAAUCAAAUUUUGAAUUUACUUUCAGGAAGCUAACUUAAUUCCUGAAAAUUCU